GUUCGGUUCAACCUUAAGUUGAGCGCAUCAUUGGCUUUACACGUCAUCUAUGGACUUAACUUCUGUUGUAGUAUUUUGUUUAUGUAUUGGACUGUCGCAAAGCAUUUUCUUUCAUAUGAAAGAAACUGAAGAACGGUGCUUUUUGGAGGAUGUUCCGGAGGACACUCUUGUGGCAGGGAAUUAUAAAUUAUUGGCUUCUAAAGGAAAGCAUUUUGAACGCUCCAAAGACUUGGGAGUAAAAGUUAAGGUUAUUGAUCCAUAUGAUCAAAUUUUGCUCGACCGUGUGUAUUCUUCAGAAGGGCGGUUUGUUUUUACUGCUCAUAGACCUGGUGAAUACAAAAUAUGCAUUUCAUCUGAUUCCGGUGCUUGGUUUGGUGGAUCACAAUUGGUAAGGUAUACGCUACGUUCAUAAUUCUCUAGAGAGUACACCUCGACAUCGCAGUUGGUGACCACGCUUUAAAUUAUCAAGAAAUAGCUACAAAGGACCGAUUGAACGAUAUUCAGCUUCGGGUUCGUCAGCUACUUGAUCAGGUUCAAAGCAUAGCCAAAGAUCAGAAUUAUCAGCGUGUAAGAGAAGAAAGUUUCCGAUCACUAAGCGAAAGCACAAACCGACGCGUGACUUGGUGGAGUGUUGCUCAAUUGGUCUUGCUUAUCUGUAUUGGAUUCUGGCAAAUGCGUCACUUGCGCGCUUUCUUCCAAGCCAAAAAAUUGGUCUGACCAAGUAACCGUGUGUAUAUUCAGACCUAUCUACAUCUAUUGUGAUAAUCUGUAAAUGUAACAUCUAUAAGACGUGUCUGUGGAAACAUCUCUAAUUUUUACUUUUCACCUGUGUAUUUACAUUGGUGUCAGUUCGUUUAUUCAACUACCAACUAAUGAGAAUCGUAUGUACUAAGUAUCUUCUGUAAAGCUCUGUUUUCUUAAUAAGCUUUCAAGAUAUUUUUAAACCUGUAUCUGUCCUAUAUUUCCAAAGAUUUUUGUAUUUAUCUGGUAGUAAUAAUUUGGAGAUAUAAGGGAUAGUAUAUAUUUCGAUUUACGUUUACUAAGUUUCUACUUUAGUAAAGCUUCCUGUUUUUGUCUAAUUGGAUUGAGCUUCGAAAAAUUAGUUCGACUGUCAUUUAUUGUGCAUAAUUAAUUCUGCAAGCUGAUAUAAAAGGGUUACUGUGUACCCUGCUCAUAAGACUUUUAUGCGUUCGUUUAUAAUAAUGUAAUGAAAUCACAAUUGAUUGAUCACUGGACUAGACAAGCAUGAGAUUGAUCACCACCCAGUGAUCAAUCAAUUGUGAUUACAUCUCAGUCCUACAGGAGAUCAGUCACGGCUCGGAUAGCUCAGUGGUAACGUCUCUGACUGUGAAGCUGGGUGACACGAGAUCGAAUCCGCCAGGGAGCACCAGUUCCCUCAAGAUUACAGGUACACCUUGCUGACGAGUGCCAAGUAGCACGAAACCCGGGUCCAGGGUUUCCUGUUGACUACCUCCAACCACCAUCUAAUCUCAAUACAUAGUGCCCGCAGUGUCGAGUCACCUAGACUGGUGGCCACAUUGCAACAUGAUCGAUAGCAUUCGAUCUGCACUAAUAAGGACUAGACAAGCAUGAGAUUGAUCACCACCCAGUGAUCAAUCAAUUGUGAUUACAUCUCAGUCCUACAGGAGAUCAGUCACGGCUCGGAUAGCUCAGUGGUAACGUCUCUGACUGUGAAGCUGGGUGACACGAGAUCGAAUCCGCCAGGGAGCACCAGUUCCCUCAAGAUUACAGGUACACCUUGCUGACGAGUGCCAAGUAGCACGAAACCCGGGUCCAGGGUUUCCUGUUGACUACCUCCAACCACCAUCUAAUCUCAAUACAUAGUGCCCGCAGUGUCGAGUCACCUAGACUGGUGGCCACAUUGCAACAUGAUCGAUAGCAUUCGAUCUGCACUAAUAAGGACUAGACAAGCAUGAGAUUGAUCACCACCCAGUGAUCAAUCAAUUGUGAUUACAUCUCAGUCCUACAGGAGAUCAGUCACGGCUCGGAUAGCUCAGUGGUAACGUCUCUGACUGUGAAGCUGGGUGACACGAGAUCGAAUCCGCCAGGGAGCACCAGUUCCCUCAAGAUUACAGGUACACCUUGCUGACGAGUGCCAAGUAGCACGAAACCCGGGUCCAGGGUUUCCUGUUGACUACCUCCAACCACCAUCUAAUCUCAAUACAUAGUGCCCGCAGUGUCGAGUCACCUAGACUGGUGGCCACAUUGCAACAUGAUCGAUAGCAUUCGAUCUGCACUAAUAAGGACUAGACAAGCAUGAGAUUGAUCACCACCCAGUGAUCAAUCAAUUGUGAUUACAUCUCAGUCCUACAGGAGAUCAGUCACGGCUCGGAUAGCUCAGUGGUAACGUCUCUGACUGUGAAGCUGGGUGACACGAGAUCGAAUCCGCCAGGGAGCACCAGUUCCCUCAAGAUUACAGGUACACCUUGCUGACGAGUGCCAAGUAGCACGAAACCCGGGUCCAGGGUUUCCUGUUGACUACCUCCAACCACCAUCUA